AUGUCGUCGCCAAUUAUCAAAGUCCAUUGGUUGGACCAAUCCAGAGCAUUCAGACUUUUGUGGCUAUUAGACCAUUUGAAACUUGAAUACGAAAUUGUCCCUUAUAAAAGGGAUGCGAACUUCCGUGCUCCUCCAGAACUAAAGAAAAUUCAUCCAUUAGGAAGAUCCCCAUUGUUGGAAGUUCAAGACAGAGAAACUGGCAAGAAGAAGAUACUUGCCGAGUCCGGUUUCAUCUUCCAAUAUGUCUUGCAGCAUUUUGAUCAUUCACACGUUUUAAUGAGCGAGGAUGCUGAUAUUGCGGACCAGGUCAACUACUACCUGUUCUAUGCUGAAGGUUCCUUACAACCACCUUUGAUGAUUGAGUUCAUUCUUUCAAAGGCGAAGAAUUCUGGUAUGCCCUUCCCCAUUUCAUAUUUGGUAGGGAAGGUGGCGGACAAGAUCAGUCAGGCUUACUCUAGCGGUGAGAUGAAGAACCAGUUCGCUUUUGUGGAGGGUGAAAUCUCCAAAAAUAACGGCUACUUGGUUGACGGGAAAUUGAGUGGUGCUGAUAUCUUAAUGUCUUUCCCUUUACAGAUGGCGUUUGAAAGAAAAUUUGCCGCACCUGAGGAUUAUCCUGCAAUUUCCAAAUGGUUAAAAACUAUAACUUCAGAGGAAUCGUAUGUUACUUCCAAGGAAAAGGCGCAUGCUUUAGGUAGCAAAUUUUAA